CGGCCCUGGACCAGCGGCUGUUCCGGCUGCGCAGCUCCCACCUGGAGCAGAUGGUGCAGGCGGCCCUGAGGCUCAAACACCGGGACAACAACCUGGACACGCUCCUGGAGCAGGGGGAGGACUGGCUGGGCCGCCUCAGGACCUUGGCACACGAGCCCCAGAACAGCCUCCCGGACAUCGUGAUCUGGCUGCUGCAGGGGGACAGACGCGUCGCCUACGCCCGGGUCCCCGCCCACCGCGUCCUCUUCUCCCGCAACAUCCCCCCGUGCUGCGGCUCCGACUGCGGGAAGCUCCAAACCAUCUUCCUCAAGUACCCGCAGGAGGAGGCUGCGGGGCCGCGGAUCCCGGCGCAGAUCCGGGUGCGGCUCUGGUUCGGCCUGGCCGUGGACGAGAAGGAGUUCAACCAGUUCGCCGAGGGAAAGCUCUCCGUGUUCGCCGAGACCUACGAGAACCAGACGAAGCUGGCGCUGGUGGGGAACUGGGGCACCACGGGCCUCACGUACCCCAAGUACUCGGACGUGACGGGCCGGAUCCGCCUGCCCAAGGACAGCUUCCGACCCUCCGCCGGAUGGGCCUGGGCCGGGGACUGGUUCGUCUGCCCCGAGAGGACGUUGCUCCAUGACGUGGAUGCAGGACACCUGAGCUUCGUGGAGGAGGUGUUUGAGAACCAGGUCCGGCUCCCCGGGGGGCAGUGGAUCCACAUGACUGACGCCUACACCGACGUGAACGGGGAGAAGGUCCUGCCCAAGGAUGAGAUCGAGUGUCCUCCGGGCUGGAAAUGGGAAGACCUGGAGUGGGACACGGAUCUCAACAGAGCUGUGGAUGAGAAAGGCUGGGAAUACGGGCUGACCAUCCCCCCGGAUCGCCGGCCCAAGGCCUGGGUGCCGGCGGAGAAGAUGUACCACACCAACCGGCGCCGGCGCUGGGUGCGGCUCCGCCGGCGCGACCUGGAGCACAUGGACACCUCCCGGAAGCCCAAGCAGGAGGAGCUGGACGGGGAAGGUUGGGAAUACGCGUCGCUGUUCGGCUGGCGCUUCCACCUGAAGCAGCGCCGCACCGACUCGUUCCGCCGGCGCCGCUGGAGGCGCAGGAUGGAGCCCCUGGAGCGCACCGGGGCCGCCGCCGUCUUCGCCCUGGAGGGGGCUCUGGGGGGGGUGACGGACGACAGGAGCGACGACGGGAGAGGAGCGGCCCCGCUGAGCCUGGGGGUGAACAGACCCACCAUCUCCUGCAUCUUCGACUGUGGGAACAGGUACCACCUGCGCUGUUACCUGUACCAGGCACGGGAUCUGCUGCCCAUGGACAAGGACAGCUUCUCAGAUCCCUACGCCAUCGUGUCCUUCCUGCACCAGAGCCAGAAGUCCCAGGUGGUGCAGAACACCCUGAACCCCACGUGGGACCAGACCCUGAUCUUCUACGAGGUCGAGAUCUUCGGGGCCCCCCCGGGCCUGGCCCAGGAUCCCCCCUGUGUGGUGGUGGAGAUCUACGACCACGACACCUACGGAGCAGACGAGUUCAUGGGCCGCUGCAUCUGCCGGCCCAGCCUGGAGCGCUCGCCCCGCCUGGCCUGGCACCCCGUCACCAAGGGCAGCAGGAACGUGGGGGAGCUCCUGGCGGCCUUCGAGCUCAUCCAGAGGGAGAAGCCGGCUGUCCAUCACAUCCCCGGCUUCGAGAGUGAUUUGUCCUCCAGCCUGGACGAGCCAGAGGAUUCUGACCUUCCGUACCCGCCCCCCCAGCGGGAGCCCAACAUUUACAUGGUGCCCCAGGGCAUCAGACCCGUCCUGCAGCGCACGGCCAUCGAGAUCCUGGCCUGGGGGCUGAGGAACCUCAAGAGCUUCCAGCUGGCCAGCGUGACCUCUCCCAGCCUGCUGGUGGAGUGCGGGGGGCAGCUCGUGCAGUCCUGCGUCAUCAAGAACGUCAAGAAGAACCCCAACUUCGACGUCUCCGUGCUCUACAUGGAAGUGCGCCUGCCCAAGGAGAGCCUCUACAGCCCCCCCAUCGUCAUCAAGGUCCUGGACAACCGUCCCUUCGGGCGCCGGCCCGUGGUGGGACAGUGCUCCGUGCGCUCCCUGGAGCCCUUCCGAUGGGAUCCCUCCGGCCAGGACAGCGCCCGGCCCCCCGGGCACGGAGACGACGUGAGCCUCACGCCCGGGGACGACGUCCUCAUCGACAUCGACGACAAGGAGCCCCUGCUCCCUGCCCAGCUUGCCGAGGGCGUGACCAGCUCUGCACUAAUUACCCUCCCUCCUGCCGGGGCCCCGCCUCCUGAGGAAGAGUUCAUCGACUGGUGGAGCAAGUUUUAUGCUUCCGUAGGAGAGAGGGAAAAAUGCGGCUCCUACCUGGAGAAGGGCUUUGACACCCUGAAGGUCUACGACGCGGAGCUGGAGGAGGUGGAGGAGUUCGAGCACCUCUGUGACUUCUGCCACACCUUCCCCCUGCUCCGGGGCCGGAGCCGCGACUGCAGCGACGACCCCUCGGUCGUGGGGGAGUUCAAGGGUUCCUUCAGGAUCUACCCCCUUCCCGAGGAUCCGCGCGUGCCGGCGCCGCCCCGGCAGUUCCGGCAGCUCCCGGCGCGGGGUCUCCAGGAGUGUCUGCUCCGGGUCUACAUCGUCAGGGCCUUCGACCUGCAGCCCAAGGACUCCAACGGGAAGUGCGAUCCCUACGUGAAGAUUUCCGUGGGAAAGAAAUCCAUCAACGACCAGGAGAAUUACCUGCCCUGCACCCUGGAGCCUGUCUUUGGGAAGAUGUUCGAGCUGAGCUGCACCCUGCCCCUGGAGAAGGACCUGCGGGUGGCCCUGUACGACUACGACCUGCUGUCCAAGGACGAGAAGAUCGGGGAGACCGUCAUCGACCUGGAGAACCGGUUCCUGUCGCGCUACGGGGCGCGCUGCGGGCUGCCCCAGACCUACUGCGUCUCCGGGCCCAACCAGUGGCGGGACCAGCUCCGCCCUUCCCAGCUGCUCCACCUCUUCUCCCUGCAGCACAACUACAAGGCUCCCACCUACAAAUCCGACCGGAUCAUCUUCAGGGAUCAGGAGUACGUCCUGUCUGAGCAGGAGGACGGGAAGGCCCCGAACCCGCACCUGGGGCCGGUGGAGGAGCGGCUGGCACUGCUGGCACUGCGGCACCAGGGGCUGGUGCCCGAGCACGUGGAGACGCGGCGGCUGAGCAGCCCCCUGCAGCCUGGCAUCCCUCAGGGAAAGCUGCAGAUGUGGGUGGAUCUGUUCCCCAAAUCCCUGGGACAUCCGGGGCCCCCUUUCAACAUCAGCCCCCGCAAAGCCAAGAGGUUCUACCUGCGCUGCAUCAUCUGGAACACCAGGGACGUGAUCCUGGACGACCUGAGCAUCACCGGGGAGAAGAUGAGCGACAUCUACGUCAAAGGGUGGCUGGUGGGGCACGAGGAGAACAAGCAGAAGACAGACGUGCACUACAGGUCCAUGGGGGGAGAGGGCAACUUCAACUGGAGGUUCGUCUUCCCCUUUGACUACCUGCCGGCCGAGCAGAUGUGCCACGUGGCGAAGAAGCCGGAGCUGUGCGAGGCUCAGCUUUGCCAUGGUGUUGUUUGA